AUGUUUGCAUACCUCACGCUCUUGUCGGCGCUCGCUGUAAGUGCGUUGUGUCGAGCAACGCCUGCGAUUGAGCAGCGUGCAACGCCUGCGGCCUAUUCCACCUUCACCCACAAUCCGGUGUACUAUCCCCUUAGCCAAGCGCCUCUGUGGCGAGUGGCCUACUCCCGCGCCAUUCAGGUCCAAGACGGCAGUCUGCUCCUGACAUGGGAGGAUUAUCCCUACGGCGAGAACUCUACAAAUCUUGACACCUUCAAAAUCCUUCGAUCGGUCGAUGGUGGCGUGAGCUGGUCCAACUUAUCCCAAGUCGCCGACACGCAAAAUAAAUGGGGCAUGCGCUUCCAACCGGACAUGUACAUCUUGAAAAACCCUAUCGGACAGUACCCUGCUGGAACCUUGGUAAUCGCCGGAGUUUCGACACCAUUGAGCCUUAGCGGCGGGGUCUACAUCGAUCUUUAUACUUCCAGCGACAUGGGCAAGUCGUGGAAGUUCGCUAGUCACGUCGCGUAUGGUGCCGGACCCGAGACUGUGGCGACGGGAGAUAAGGCUAUUUGGGAACCUUUCUUCCUGGAGUACAAUGGCAGCUUGAUUGUAUACUUCAGUGACCAGCGCGACUCGGCGCACUCACAAAAACUCUCACUUACAAGCACCAAGGACUUGCUUACCUGGUCUGCCUCGGCGGACGUGGUUGCUUACUCCGCUGUCAACGCACGUCCUGGCAUGGCCGUUGUUACUUACAUCCCGACCACCGGACAGUACAUGUUAUCCUACGAGUACUGCAAUGCUCCCUCAGGCGGGUGUCCCGCCUACUAUCGACUUGCCUCCGAUCCGACCCAAUUUCUCAAUGCCCCUGAUAAAGCUCUGACCACGACUUCCGGUCACAAGCCCGGUGGCUCGCCCUACAGCGUUUGGUAUGGCUCGACCACAGCGGGCGCAGUGAUCUUGUCAACCAACUCAGAUACCGAUCUUUUCGUAUCUAAAGAUAACGCAAACACGUGGACUACGGUCAACGUGAACCAGUACACGGGUCAAUCUCGCCACCUCCUGUUAUUUAAUGACAAUGGGGUAGAGCGCCUGCACCUUACUACGGCCGGCUUCUACGGCUGUUCGGGUUCAUGCUAUAACUACGUCGCGAACGGUGUCACGGAUCUUAGCGUGUUUGGCUAG